UGGGAGCAAGAAACGGGUUUAUAGGGGGCAUUUGCUGCGUGCGGAUCCCUAUUCUGUGUUACGCUGACGGAUUGGCAACAUGAGGAAAACUGGCGUAAUAGCAUUCUUCGCAUUACUUCUCGUAAUCACUGGAACUCGUGCUGGUCCACUGUUCAACUCGACAAUCGGGACAGAUGUGGGAAGUGCUGACGAUAGCGCCGUCGGCGGCCUCUCGAACAAGACUGGCCCCGGCGCAGCCAUCCGCCCCAGCCAUCUGUCACGCGGCUCCGAUAGCAACGUUGGCGUCACCCACAACGCUACAGCCAACGCUACCAAGACGCCUGGCUUCGACAGCAUCGUCGGGGUCAUUCAGAACAGCACUGCCAAUGCCACGAAGAAUCUGCUCGGGGGAAACACUGCAGUCAACUGGAGCUGCGGUGUCAACGUGAGUCACGCAGUAAAUCAGUCUGGAGGCGACGCUGACAGCUUCCCUACUCCGAAAUGUGCAGCAGUUCUUCCAACUAAUGUCAGCACAGUUCUUCCAACUAAUGUCAGCACCGCCAACUGCAAGAACAGCACGCACUGCUUGAACGCCUCCGUUGCAUCAGGCAACAAUGGUACACGUGUCACUGAGCGCAACACAACGUUACGGAACGGUACACUAGGAGAGCACAUGUUGAACGAUGAAGGCGUUCCGAAGAUAAAUGAAACAGUCGACGGCGACCCGUCGGUGUGUCCGCCGCUGGUGAGCCGUGAAGGAUGGGGCGGCAGACCGCCGCUGGCCGUGGAGAAGGUGCGCACGCCGGUGCCGUUCGUCGUCAUCCACCACACGUACAUUCCGGGGGCCUGCAACACCAGCGACGACUGCGAAGCCAAGAUGCGUUCCAUGCAAGACUUCCACAUGGGCAAGGGCUGGCUCAACAUCGGUUACAACUUCAUCGUGGGUGGCGACAAUCGAGUAUACGUCGGCCGCGGAUGGGACACGGUCGGCGCACACUCUCCAACCUACAACUUCAAGAGCGUCGGUAUCAGCUUCAUCGGCGACUACAGGACUGAGCUGCCCACGCACGAUAUGCUGGAGCUGGCCUGGUCCUUGAUCCGCUGUGGAGUCGCCAGAGGCUCCAUAAGCGAGACGUACAAGCUGGUCGGUCACCGUCAAGUGAGGGACACGGAGUGCCCCGGCGACCGCCUGUACCAGGAGAUCCAGACCUGGCCCCACUGGGUCGCUCACCGCGACAUCAUCCCCAGGACUAACGCCACCAGGACAUCCUGAAGCGAUGCUCAACCUAAACGCCGCGGGUGACACCUGGAGUGCCGCUCAAGAUCUGAUGGUCACAAUACAAUAGCCUCUGAUGCCGUGAAUAUACUACUGCUUACUUAAGUCGUCUUUUUUCUUCAAGGCAUUUUGCAAGUACAACACAGACAUUCAUAAGUGAAACUCAUCAAUUUCGUGAUGCCAGUUUCGUUACUUCUCCAGAACCAUAAUGAAACUCCGAAAUUCACCACCCUCGUGAUGCCAGUUUCGUUACUCCUUCAGAACAGUACUGGAAGUCAUUGCCAACCUUAAUUAAAAGAGUUGCUGCGAGCAAACACACGGCUAUUCCAUGAAAGCUUCACUUACAUGACAAAUGUUCUGCCGUUACUGACACAGCCAAAAUGUAAACAAAGAACGUAUAAACUUCGAACUGGUCUUCUUUCAGUGUUGACGAAACUAAAUGUGAAUAUAAAUGUAUUUAUUCUUCGAAAGUGCCAUACCGUUUUACACUGAGUACUUACGCGGAAAGAAAUUACAUCAGUUAUACUGUUUAUCCUCAGAGCUUUCCCGGACAUAUAACGUCGAUUUAUGAAAUUACACGGAACAUCAAUCUGAAAUUUACUUACUUCCAUGGGGCACUUCGUACGUCAUGAGGGUUUGUUAUCAACUAAAGCUACUUUCUCUCUUAUAGAUGUGUAUCCUUAAAAAUUGCAAUUUUGAUAUUUGUCUAUAAAAAUAGUAACUUCGAUAUGUGUUUAUAAAAAUAGGAACUGUAUGUAGCUGUACACAGACAAGCUACAAAAGACUUACUUCCGAAAUAUGUAGGAGAUGCAAUAUAAUAACUAUGAACACUACCUCCCAGUGACUGAUGAAACAAUUUGCUACGUCUGGUGUCCCAUAUAACGCUCGUGCUGUGACAAACAUACCUCAUGAACUCCGUUCUAAUAGUGCAGAAUAUGUAAAUGCAUCCAAGAAUGCGAAAAAUCCUAUACAUAAUUCCGCAAACACAAAUACGUUAUGCUAUUGUAUGAAUAUAUAAGAUAAAAGAUUUGCCAUUAAUGAAAAAUACCAAAAACUUUGGUAAUGUUUAGUUUUCUUUCACGGUAGAUUAAGCGCAACAAAUAUUAUAUAUCAAACAUUGUCAAUGUAAGGAAAUCAUUAGCCAGUAAGCCAUUUUCAAUAAAUGCAAAUAUAGCAAGAGCACUCUAA